GAAUAUUCUAUUAAUUUCAUUUUUACUCCGAAACACCUCAAAAUGAAAUGAAAUGAAAUGAAAUGAACUGAACUGAACUCCUUCCGAUCCUCAGCGUUCUCGGACUGUUUGGCUUUUCUCUCUUCAUCCAAUCCUUCUCUACUCUCAUGGCUUCCACCACCCCAGAAAAGAACGUCUAUUCCGUGUGGGCGCUUCCACCGGACGACGUGACCCCCAGGCUCAAGAAGCUCAUGGAGGGCCUCCGCGCCGAGUUCAACGGGCCCUACUUCGACCCCCACAUCACCGUCGUGGGGGCCAUCACCUUGACCCCCGAAGACGCUCUCAACAAGUUUAAAGCGGCCUCGCAGGCCGUGAAGGCCUACGAAGCCAAAGUUGAGAGCGUCGCCACCGGAACUUUCUUUUACCAGUGUGUGUUCCUCCUCAUCAAUCCCACUCCUCAGGUGGUGGAAGCUAGUGCAAUCUGCUGUGGGCAUUUUGGUUACAAUAGCUCAACUCCUUAUAUGCCACAUCUGAGUCUCCUGUACGCAGAUCUGAGUGAUGAAGAUAAGAAAAAAGCUCAAGAGAAAGCCAGCAUUCUGGACGAGAGCAUUGCUAGUCUGAGCUUCCCCGUUACUCGCCUUGCAUUGUACAAAACUGACACUGAAGAUAAAACUCUCAAAUCUUGGGAGAAGAUUGCUGAGUGCACACUCCAACCCAAUUAGGUCUCUUGAUGUUUGUGUUUCAACUUGUAAUGACACUCUGUUCCAAUGUCCCCGUCAACUCUAAUGUGUAAAGUUGAAGUUUUAAUGUAAUGUCAAAGGCUCAAAGCUGUCACAAAAAAAGCUGGGGUUGUCUGCCAGCUAGUCUUGCUUUGUAUUUCUGAUUUUCUGCAAUUUGUGUAAGGAAACACCUUGGUUGGCCACUUGGCCGCCGCUAUGUUUGGCCGCCACUAAUUCUCAAUAAUGUUAGAUCUUCCAUGUGUUUCCUCUGAAA